ACACAGAGACAGAAACAGACGAUCAGGACUGAUCAGCGUCUAAUAAAUAUGUUUGUUCUCCAGCUGAUGUCGGGGUUUCUGCUCCUCCACCUGGUGAUAAGUUCAGGCUUUGGAAAUCACUCUCUGUGGGGGUUGUUCACCUACAUCUCAGGACCAACCCAGUUCCCAGAGUUCUCCAUGGUUAUGAUGCUGGAUGACAUCCAGGUGGGGUACUAUGACUCAGACACAGACCGACUGAUAAAGGUUGGUGGUGGAGGUGAGAAAGGCGAGGAGCUUGACCUGGGACAGUUAACCUUGAAUAUGAUGGAAAAAAAUAUGAUUGAGUUGAGGAUCAGGUCGUACAUAGUCAGAAAACACCUAAACCUGACCGCUCCAGGCGUCUACGUUCAACAGAGGAUUGUGGCUUGUGGGGUCCAGGAAGACGGUCAGCCGGAUUUCAUCAUGGUCAGGAAUGUUGCAAAUGGUCAUGAUGCCGACAGCGUGCAGUAUAACACAACCCACUUCCUGUACGGUGGUGGUGACGGUUGGGAUUUCCACUGGGACACCAUGGAGCAGAUGUACGAGCAAAUGCGUUUCUCAAACAUCUUCCUGCCCUUAUGUGCCCGGGCUCUGCGUCACCUGCUGGAGAGCAACAAGCACCUGGUGAUGCGUCGUGUUCGACCUCGACUACGCCUCCUAUCACAGCCGGGGGGGGGCGGGGCCCAGAUCACCUGUCUGGCCACAGACUUCUACCCUCGCCACAUCAACCUGACGCUGCUGCGGGACGGUGAACCCGUGGAUGAGGACCAAAUGACCGUUGGCUCGGUGCUGCCCAACGGCAACGGUCUCUACCAGCUGAGGAAGACGCUGAUGGUGGAUGAAGAGGAGCUGCAGAGGAAGCACAAGUACACCUGUGCAGCAUCUCACCUGAGUCUGGACAACCGGCUGGACAUGAGCUGGAGGCCGGAGUCUUUCCGGUCAUUCAGAGUCCACGUCAUCUCCGCUCCCGUCGUCCUCCUGCUGGUUGUCGUCAUCCUGCUGCUGGUGCUGAUGAUGAAGAUGAGGAAGAGGUCAGGGUCAGAGGGCAUCUCCAUGGAAACACAGGAGAGUCCCGGAUCCAGCACUGAUGAGGGAUCGGAAGCCAGGGGUGGAGGACCGGGACGUGACGGCUUCACCGAAGCAGAUUUCCUCCAAAUAAACCCUGCCCCCAGUGCAGAAUUGUGACAUUAAUCUCAUAACGGAGACGCCAAAAAACGGAUAAUAUAGUGGUGGAAAAUUUAGCAUUCGCCACUUUAUUUAACCAAAACUACUGUGUGGAACAAAUGUAGCCUUGUACAGAGAAAAGAGUCUACAGACUGAUAAUUUGUCCCUAAAAGAUUAGCUCUGUUUUUCUGAAUCUUAAGAAUGAAUCAUCAUUUAUGCUUUAAAAUCAUUAUGCUGCCUGUUUUUCACCAUCAAUGUGCAUCGAAACGCCUGCAAUAGCUUAAAUAAA